AAAUGCUUUAAAAUGCUGUAAUUACGCAUUUCUAAUGAAAAAUAAAUGUGUAUUUAUGAAUAGUGCAGCUCUAAGUUGCUCUGCCUUGGGAAUGAGUCCGGGUUGGCUGGGCAGGAAUGUUGUCCUGGAGGAGCUGGGGAUGGAUCCAUAUUCAGCCUCUCAGGAAGGACCCAAUAUCAGACCAGAAUAUUUUAUUUUCAGAAUAUUUUAAUAUCAGAAUAUUUUAUUUUCUAAAUUCCCAAUCCCAGACCAUUUUAUUUCCUAAAUUCCCAAUCCCAGACCAUUUUAUUUCAUAAAUUCCAGUGCAAGAAAAAUGGGAUUGUUGAGUUUUUGAGUGUGCAAAAUGUAAUGAAUUUAUGAAAUAAUUUUAUUUAAUUGAGCAAUUCUGAGCUCUCUCCCUUUCAGUUCCUCCUGCCUGCUUUGUCCAGCAAUUCCCCAGAGUGGCAUCCAUCCAUCUGAACCCAACAUCCAAGAUCCAGGUGAAAUCCCCUUUCCUCUGAAAGUUCUGGGAAAUUUAAUAUGGAUUUUGACAAAGCACCAUUGUCCUAUUUGCUAAUCCUGAGUGCAAAGGAAACCUGUUUGCUGUCACCUGGUCAUUUUAAUGAGGCAUGUUUUGGAAAAUGAGGUUUGGAAAACAGAUUUUGGAAAAUAAGAGAGGGAGGUGUUGCUUUGUAUUCGAUUUUCAGCUGAUUUCCCACAGGGUUAUUCCCAAUAUAUGGCUCAUAAUGCAUUUAAUGAAUUGAUAAAUGAGGUAUGGCCACAAAUCCCACGUGCUGGAAUCCAGGAUAAUUUGAAUUUUUAUUUUUUUCUUGCCAAAGGAAGGGUUAAGCACCCCCAGCCUCUGGGAAUGUUGUCCCUGCUGAAGUUCAGGAGGAGGUUGAGCUCAGGAGGCUUCAGCACUGAGCCAGGGAUUCUGGUGAGUAUUCCCUGUCCCUGCUUCCUCGCUGGGGGUUGGAUCUCCUUGUCCAGCAGGAAGGGUCUCCAGGAAUGUUGGAUUGAUCUCCUUGUCCAGCAGGAAAGGUCUCCAGGAAUGCUGGAUGUGUUUUCCAGGCUGUUCCACCACGAAUAAAUCAUUGCCCAAAGGAGUAAUUCAGGGAUGGAUUCCCUCCUGGGAAUGUCUCUGAGGUUCUGAGCAGGGUGAAGGCACUUUCACCUCGAGGUUGUCCCAAAGCCAUGCACAAACCAGGAAGAAAUCCUGGAAGUUUUGGAAGAUAAAGAAGCAGAAGCCCCUGAGGGUCUGCCUGGCUCUGAGUUUGGGAGGGUUGGUGUUGGUUCGCCACAGAUGUGGUUCCAUCCUUGAAGGCAAUUUUCAGUAAAUCCCCUAGAAACACUCAGUUUACAUCCCCUCUUACUCCCAGUCUCCUCUUUUCUACCAACGACACAAUUUUCCCCUCAUCAAACCUUCCAACAGCCUCACUGCCACGGUUUUUACCUCCUCACACUGUUUCUGUCCAAGAGAGAUGGAGACCAGACAUUUCUUGUGGGCUUAGACUUGGAUCAGCUGCUUCUUUUACUGGAAUUCAUCUCAUGCCCUGCAGAAUCUAGGUUUUCCUGGGAUGAUUUUGGUGAGAGCAAUAUUUUGGUGUUCAGGGUUUUUUUGGGGGGAGGGGAAGAGCCUCUGGUUGCCCUACUUGGCCCUGCUGGUUAUUUUUAAUAUUCAGUUCACUAAAGCCACGACCAUUUAUCCUGAUUUUUACUAAAAUUCUCUCAGUGGACCAUUAUUAAGACCCUUCAGAUCAUUUAAUCUUGAAUCCUGCCUGAAAAGAAGAAUCCUUAAGGAUUUCCUGAUUAAAGCUAAAACAUUCUGGUUUGAUGGAUUGUACAGCAAGAAAUUGGUCUCAGAAAAGUGAGGGAUGUGGGGAAUUUCUUUCCUGCUUUUUCUUCCCUGUUAGUUUAAUGUAUUUUGUCUUGCAAAACAAAUCUAUAAAAACCAUCACCCUCCUGUGACCCAAAUAAACCAGAAUGUCCUCAUGAGCUGCAUUUUCAGGCAUUCCAGCAUUGACACUUUGCCUGUAAAGCAAAGAAUUCCAUCCAAAAAUAAAAAAGUUGCUCUGGUGCUCGUCUCCGUGGUGGAGCUCCUGCUCUGUGGAGAUCCUCUGGUGGCCCUGGAUUUUAUUACCCAGUUCCAUGGAUAUGGAGUUUCCUGUUAGAAAAACACCAGGAGAAAACCAAUCCCUAAAAAAAAAAAAAAAAAACCCAAACCCCAAACCACUGCAGGAUCUCAAACUCCUGUUAGCAAUCCCUUCUCCUGCUGAAUUCCCAGUUAUCCCAGAGCUGCAGAUUUGGAGCUGGAGCUGCAGUGGGGCAGGAGCUGUUUCCCAUUAUCAGGGAUAAGAAUGUUCCUCUCAUUCCUGCUGAUCCCAAAGCUCUGCCGGGAGCUGGGCUGGUCCAGAGGAGCCCUGGGCAGUCAGAGCUCAUUUCCUGGGAUGGAGAUGGGAAUAAGGGAAUCGUUGAGCUGGGAAAAGGGAGCUCCUGCUCCCUGGGCUGCUGCAGGCACACAGAGCUGCCUCACGCUCCUCAAGGAGCCCAAAAAAUGGGAAUUUCGGCAGGAGGAGCCGUGCAGAGCCCACAGUCCAAGGCAGGGCUCAGCUCUCCUCUUUCUCAAGGUGAUUUUUAAUCAAAUCUUGUUCCUUAUCAUGAUAAAUCAGAUGGAAAUGGAUAAAAACCUGAUUUUCCCCAUUUGUGUCUCAUACAAAGUUUAAUUCAGCAGCAAAUGUCUCCUUUGUUUAACUUCUUUUGCCUUUUUAAAAUUCCACUUAUUUUAAGUUUUCUCCUCUUUGUUUCCCAUUCAAUUUUUCCUUUUCUUGCAAAGGAAAAAAUGUCUUUUAGUGAUAAAUAAUUAAAUUUCAUAUUUUGGGCAGAAAAUAUAUUUUUAUAUAUUUUACUUAUUUUAUUCAUAUGUGGAUUUUUUAAUUAACCAACAGGCAGGGAAAAGUUCUGUAGAUCUGGUCCCUCUGCUUAAUCUGUGUUUUGGGUGUUUAAUUAAACUGCCCAGUUCCAGCUCUCCAUCAGGUUUAUGAUGAGAUUUUAUUUUAUAUAGCUAUUGUACUUUAUUUAAUGUAUACAAUUUUCCAGUAAAUUGAUUAUUCCAGAUUUUUCCUGUGAGUUCAAGUGGUGCUGAAACCCAACAAAAACCUGGCUGGAAAACUGAGUUUAGGCUGAGCUUGUGCUCAUUGUCCCUCAGUGUUCCAUGACCUGGACUUUGAUGGGAUUUCAGAAAAUUACCAUGAAAAUGAGAAAUGUCCCUGCUUCCCUGCUUUUCUUGGGGAACUUUGGGAUUUCUGUUUUCCAGAUGCACUGGGCUUGGCUGCCUCUGAAGCACCGAGAUCCAAGGGAUUUGCUGUUUGGUUGUUGCCACAGGGACACAGCUCUGCUGCCCAGGGAUUGGAAUUAUUCCAGCUGGGAGUGAUGGACUCUCCAUUCCAUUUGCCAGUGCCUUGCUGGGAAAAGCAGGAAAAAACAAACUGGGAAGUGUCCAGCACUGCUUGAGUGGCUGAAAGCCCAGGGAGGGGGUUCCUGGGAAAUUGCUCCUUGUGUGGCAUGAAGCAGCUCCCCAAAUUUCCUCGCUCACCCCAGGAGCAGCAGCGCUGGAGCAAUUUGUGCUGUUCCAGCUGGAAAAACAGGAUUCCCUUCAGGAAGCCCCUUCAGGAGUGAGAGAUCUGCAGAGCUCUCAGCCCCCAGGGCCUCAAGGCAGGAUUAUUGAUUCCACACUGUGGGAAUUCCCCUCCUGAACACCUGCACCAGGUGUCCAGGGGCAGAUGAGGGGCUGGGACUGGAGCAGGAGCCUGGAUUAACACUGAGGCCUAGACAGCUCUGAUCCCCACUGGAACGUGGAUCCAGCUGAGGAAGCACGGAGCCACCGCUCAGGGCCAGCCGGCAGCUCCUAAUUCCCGACUUCGGCCUUUUCCAGCCCCUUUCCAGGAGGAUGCAGCCUUCCCCUCCGGCCGCCUUACGAUGAGCCAAGAAAUUCAUUUUUCAUGGGAGGUGAAAGCGAGACCCGGCAGUAGCUGAGCACGGAGGGUGCCAAGGUCUGAAGGAUGCGGCAGAGCCCCGCCGGCCCUCGGGACCCGCCCGCAGCCCGGCCGCGGGGAGCUGCCGCCCCUGUGCCCGCGCCGGUGCCCGUCGGCGGAGGACCAUGCCCGUGACGGGGCCGCGGCAGCUCGCAGCGGGACGGGACAGCGGGGCUCUGUAGCCUUGUCCCCUCCUCGGUAUCAUGACUGGAGAGACCCAGCAUGUUUACACCAUCGGCGAUACUGAGGCCGGCCCCAAAGAGCCCGACAAGGACUUCGGCUGUGAAGGCUGCGGGGACAAGGAUGGGAGGGCGCUGGGCGGGGAGGGGACAUCCCCCUUCGCCAAGGACAAGGAGCCCCACAGCCAGCGGGAAGCCGUGAUCCGGCCGCAGCAAGCGGGGAAGAUCGACUUCAAAUCCCUGCAGUGCAAGCCCAAGUUCGGCAAUGACAGCGCCUGGGGAGAGGUCAAGGGCAGCCCGCUGUCCCCGCCGGGCAAGGGGCGAGCCCGGGAGCGCAGCCGGCGCUCGGGGAAGGGCGAGCGGGGCCACCAGCAGCUCUACCGGCUCAGCAUCGCCGGCACCCGGCCCAGCCCCACCAUCGGCAUCGCCUACCCGCAGCAGAAGGUGACGCCCCCGAAGAAGCCGGAGGUGACCCCCGCGGCCGGCAGCUACCGCUUCCACGUGCCCGGCAUCCCGCAGCGCGACGCCGAGCCCCGGCCGGAGGAAAUCGCCUUCGGCCGCCGCUUCCCCGACGCCGCCGGCGGCCGGACCUCCACCAGUUAUACCUCACAGGCCGGGCCCUCCCUCGGCCCCAAGGGGCAGCCCCCCGCCGCCGGCAUCCCCCUCAAGAGCCCCGGCACCCAUGGGCAGCUACAUUAUUUAGAGUUCCAGGCAAACCGGGCCGAGUCCUGGCCUUCCCCGGAGAAGAGCUUUGCCGGUGCUACCUACGGGAUCUCGGUGCAGAAGCCCAGCUCUUUCUCCGAGGGUGGCAAAGCCGCUGUGCACGGCCUGGGGGCUUUGCCGUGCCCGUUCCCCUUCCAGCUGCUGCACGAGGCGGGGAAGGAGCCGUUCCGCGGCAGCCAGGAGUACCUGGACGUGGGGAUCGCCGCCACCGCCCAGCUGGCUCCCGCUGCCUUCGCCUUCCACUCGUCCCCCAGAGAGUGGCCGGAGGAGCCGCUGGCCGGGGGAUCCUACGAGAGCGUGUCCCCCGAGGGGAGGCUGUACGGGCUGCCCGUGCCCCCUGCGCCGCCACCGCCGCCCUUCCUGCACCCAACGCCGCCGCCGGCCCUGCACCACGGCCCCUUGCCCUGCUGCAAGGGCAGGGCCGAGCAUCCCGCCGACCCCACUGGUGCUCUCCCGUCGUCUGGUGCUAUCGACCAAAACCCAAGCACUUUCCAAGAAAACCAAGCUGUUUUUCCGUCUAGUUUACACUCGCCUACCAUGCCAAAGCCGGUGGGGAAGAGGCAAGCUUCAGGCAAGGACGGCGUCCCCGGCCCGCGGCUGCUGGUGCAGAGCAGCCCCCUGAGGAGGGCCGUGCCACCCAACUCCCUGUCCCAAGUGCACUUUCAGAGCAAGGCCUAUUGCGGUUCCCCCGCGGGCAGCGGCGGCGCGGGAGCCGUGCCCUUCGAGACGAGCGUUCCCACUACGGCACCCACCCACCCCCGGCUUGUGCAAGCUUGGGAAGGUGCCACGAAGGCGUUUUCUCCCAUGGACCAGAAUUCAGCACCUUAUUCAAACCCUGUUGGAAACCAGUUCUCAUUCGAGUGCCAGUCUGGCCCCGAGCAGAGGCAGCACAGGCAGAAGAAUGCCAGGCUGCCUUGGCAGCAGAUGCACCUCCCUUCUGCAAUGCCCGCUGCCAACAGGCUGGAGCUGUCGAGACACAUCAGCAGCCAGAAGCUCCCCUUCCCCCUGGGCACGUCAGACUGGCAGGGCAGUGGGAAAGCCCAGAAAGGGCCCCCCAUAAGCAGUUCUCCAGGGUACCACAGCAAAAAGCUGUUACCAGGAGAGAGCCUGCAGAGGGGAGAUCCCAGCGUGACGGGAGCUUUCUCCUUUGAGAGUGGGAAGGAACCAGGGUCUCCUGCCUGUGACUCGAGAAGCAAAGCCCUGUUCUACACUAUGGCUCAAGCAGCUCCUCCUCCUCCUCCUCCUGCCUCAAGGAGUUCAUCGGGCUCAGGGCUGGUCCUGCCACCAUCCACCUUGGCAGCUGCCUCCCCUUGCGAGUCCCCACUGCCGUCCCCUGUCCCCAACCCCACGUGUGGCAGCACCUGCUCGUCGCUGUCCCCCAUGUCCGGCAGCCCACUCAACUUCGAGGACAGCCAGAUGCCCGCAGCGCUGACCCCCUCGCCCUUCUUCCAGCACCCCUGCCAUGCCAAGGAUGCCAACAAAGCCUUCCACCCCUCCGAGGUUCUGAGUCCCAGCUCGCUUCAUUACCACGCCCCGGACUCUGUCAAGUCCUUCAGCUUCCCUCCGGAUGCUCUGAAAGACGACAGCCUCCUGAAAUGUGCCCCGGGCAGCCCGUUCCACAAAGCCAGCGGGGAGGCGGCCAAAGGAUGCUCGGACGGGCUGGACGGGGAGCAGCCUCCGCCGCCGUACUCCUCCCAUCACCUGCUGGCCACCUCGCUGAGCAGCGCCAGCCUGGACCAGCUGGACGUGCUGCUGACCUGCAGACAGUGCGACCAGAACUACAGCAACCUGUCCUCCUUCCUGCAGCACCGCCAGUUCUGCACCUCCCACCCCGCUGCCCAGGCAGAGCCCAAGGAUGCUGCCCGGGCAGCCGAGGGGCGCAAGGUGCUCCCUCCGGAGCCCCCCAAACCCCCCGGGCUGGCGCUCUCUCCAGACCCCCAGGGACAUCUCAUGGCGCUAAACAAGAGCGAUGACUUCUUGCUGGAUGGGGAAGGCAAAAGCGAGGGCAAGGAGGAUGCUCUGAAGGGCGGCCUCUUCCACGGCCUGGCCACCAGCUCGCUCCCGCUCAGCGCCUCCGACCUGGACAUCGACGAUGCCAAGCUGGACAGCCUGAUCACCGAGGCCCUCAACGGCCUGGGGUACCAGUCGGAUAACCCGGAGAUCGACAGCAGCUUCAUCGACGUCUUCGCUGAUGAGGAGCUGCCGGGCGUGAAGGCGGCUGGAGGGGGCAUGGCCCACAAGGCCAAGGAAGGCCUGGCCUCGGAGAGCAAAUCCAAGCAGGCAGCGGAGGAGAAGGCAGCAGGAGAGGCCAAGGCUGGCUGUUUCUGUGAAGAUGGGGAGCGGGUGAAGAGAGGAGCAGGAAAGCGGCACCUUCACAAAGGGAGGGUGGCACGGAGGGUGGCACCGCAGGAGACGGAUCCCGCGGCACAGGGAGCAGAGAGGACAGCCAGGCUGAGGGCAGGCAGGAAGAACAGCGUCCCACCAGCCAGCACCUCCAGCCAAAAGCAUCCCAGGAAACUCAGCCAAGACCCUCCCAUGAAGAGUGAGGUGGGCAUCGCCACCAAGAGCUCCAAGCCGCCGCGGUUCUCCAUGAAGGACGGGAAGAAGCGGAAGCCCCGAAGCGGGACGUGGAGCAAGGAGCUCAUCCACAAGAUCGUGCAGCAGAAGAACAAGCUCCACAAGCUGCAGGUGAAGAGCAGCAGGCAGGCCCAGUUGCCCCAGGCCAGCGAGAGGCCGCCGGCAGCCAGCAAGGAGGGCGGGCUGAGGGAAUACGACUACGUGUCCGACUCGGAUGAGGAGGGGGCAGAGUGCAGCAAGCCCCGGGGCAGGAAGAAGCGUGGCACGGGAUUCAUGGGGAGGAGCAAGUACAGCUUCAGCAAGAAACGCCUGGGCAGAAGUGAGAGAGCCAGAGAGAAAGACCCAGCCUGGAGCUACAGCCGGAACAGGGACAGUCAGAAAAAGGAGGCACAGGCGGACGGGGAUGUCCCGAGUCAGGAGGAUGCUGAGAAAGAGGAUUGUGCUGCCAGAGCCCGAAGGAGAAGCAGCCACUCAUCUGCUGGCAGCAACCACAGCGUGCCCAGAGAGAUGGGCACGAGCCCACCCUGCGCUGGUGGGGCUGGUAACAAGGGUGGCACCCAGAGGAGGAGGCGCUCGGGCAGCCCAGCCCAUGUGCCAAGGACUCCCCUCAGCCCUCCCCAGCACAGCAGCCCCAAGAUGAGCCAAGAGAGCAAAGAGGACAUUCCCACGGGGAGCAGGAGGUUUGGCUCAGCCAAACCUUUGCUGGCAGGCUCCAGGACACGGCCAAGUACUGAACCAGAUGUUGCUGCCAUGGACUGUGCAAAGGAGGAGCCAUCACCGCUGCCCCAGGAAGGGCAAAUGCCCAGCACGGCCACCCCAGGCAGGAGCCCUGCCAGCUUCUCCUCUAAGGAGGGGGUGGAAGAGCCCAGAGGAGCAGCAAAACUCCCGGGUGAGGCAGGAGAGCCCACCCUGCAGGCUCAGGGCUCUCCUGAGCUCACCGUGGAGCACCAGAGGCACCAGUUUGCCCCUUUCCCAAGUGAAGGGCUGAAAUACCACACAGAGGAGGUGAUUGCUCCACCCCACAGCGGUAACAAAUCGAGUCCUGGCCGCGGCAGUGCCACCUGCUUGGAAGCAGGAAUCAAAUUCACGAAGGGACAGGGGCUCUGUGACACUCGGAAGGAUUAUCCCAAUCCCACAGCAGCUCCCACCUACGGGGGGGAUGCAGUGGGAAUGAUGCUCGCUGCCAAGGCGCCCGAUGCUUAUGCCAGCAGUGACAACACAUUUUUUGAUCCCAAAGGCCUUCCCGGUCACUACGAGGACAACCUCUUCCCAAAGCCCCCAGCCCUGGGCCCCUCCCAUGUGGAUGACGUGUACCUGUGCCGGGAUGACAUCAGCGCCAGCUCCUUCGAGCAGAAACACUCCAGCAUCUCCCCUUUUGCCACGGAGAUGCCGCAGGGCAAGGUGUCCUCCCCUCUCAGCUUUGACUCCUCGUCGAUAUUCGGCGAGCUGCCCGUCUCCGAGUUCGACCCCUACGAGAGCAAGGAUGGAUUUGUGACACCGUUCCCCUGUGCCGGGAGCGUCCCCCGCAAGCCGCUGCCCUUCGAGCAGCCGUACCCGCCCUUCCUGCCCGAGAAAGACUGGUCCCUCAUGGAGGAGGUGGCUCCCAUGCUGCCGGAAGACAUGACUCCGUUCCACAGCCUCUCCGUGGAGAAGCCACCGGCCAAGAAGUUCCCCGAGGAAGGAGCCGUCCCCAGCAGCCAGCUCUCCCUGCCGCUGCCAGACAGGAUCGCGGAUUACAGCGUGACUUUCAUGGGCAACAUUUCAGAUGACGAGCUGGAGAUCAAGCGCUUGGUCACGGAGCUGGAAAGCCAACUGCAAACCAGCAAGCUGGACUCCGAGGUGCCCGUCACCCUCCAGAAAUCCGAGCCAAACGCGGCUGUCCACCUGCGGGCGCAGGGGGCCGAGCGGUUCCCAGCGCUGCCGGGAGAGCCAGAGGCAGGCCAGGAGAAAGGGCUGUUUCUGGCAGGUGAGCUGGGCAGAUCGAGCCUCUGCGCUGGGGAGAGGCUGGCAGGGGAGAAGCCAGACAUGGUGACUGCCCAUGAGGACUACGAGAGAGCCAGGGAGCCCUGGCCGUGCCCGCUGGAGCUGGGCUCACUGGAAACUGGGAUGGGCAUCCCAGCCCCGCUGGCCACAAACCAUUUCUGCUCCAAAGACAGCAGUGAGCAGCUCCAGGGAGCUGUGGCCACUGAGGAAAGAGACCUCAGGAAGGUGGAAAAUGGGUCUUCUUCCAAAAGUCUGCCUGGCUCCAGCACAACUGACCGAACAGAGGCUCCCAUCUACACCAGCCCCGUGACAAAAAGCCCUCCUGUUGUCACCGACUCCGUGUUCCCCGAGACCAUGGGUGCAGCAGAAGUAACCAAAGACCCCCUGCCAUCCCUGCCAUGCCAGUGCACUGCCGAGGGCUUCCCUGUGCCAGGGAAAGUGGACGCUGAUCCUGCGGAGCUGGAGAAGUUUGAUGCCCAUCUUCCAAAACCUAAACCCCAAUUUGGCUUUCAGCGAGGUCCUGCCCCAGCCUUGGAUCUCACCUUUUCACCUCAUGUCAAAGAGGUCCCAGAUACAGAAGAAAAACCCUUAAGCAGGACUGAGCCCCCCAAAACAGUGAAAAAUGCUGUUGAUCUCAAAGGGGGUGUUGGUGGGCCUGGGCUGGUGGAGGACAUGGAGGAGAGGAGGAGUCCCAACGCCUACGAAAGCCCUGCACCCAGUGACAAAGCCAGCAAGCCCAAAGUGCUGCUGUUUGAGGUGCUGAGUGUGCCCAAGGAGAGCGACCGCCCUUCCCAGGAGAUGAUGGGGGCAUCCCAGGAGGCCUCUGCCAACCCUCUACAGCAGCUCCAGCUCUUCGUCGCCCGGACGGUGAAGAACAACGAGGAGGAGCUGUUGAUGCCGUGCUUCCCCGGGCUGCUGGCUCCCAGCCACCCCUCUGCCACCACCCACGUCCAGACGGAGCACCAGGAGCAGAGCGGGGCUGCCGUGGAAGGUGAAGAUCACACCCAAGGGGAAGGGGAUCUCCCCACUGGAAGCAGCGCUGGAAAUAUCGCUGCUCCGGGGAAAGAGGUGCUUUCUCCCAGUGGAUGUGAGCAGCUGGAGUUGUUGGAUGCAGAGGGCUCUUACCAUGCAAAACAAUCCACGCCGGCAAAGCCGGAGCUGCAAAAUAAUGUAACGGAGCUGCAGCACUUAGCAAAUGAGCCCCCGGAGCCGAGGGACAUUAAUAUCCCUGCAGAUGGUGUUUCCCAGGAGCGCAAUGACCUCUCACCACCCAACAGCACCGCCGUGACCUCGCUGCCAGGGCAGGGAAGGAAAGCUGAUCAGCUCAGGGAAGAGCAGGAGGGAGAUAACAACACAACGACCUUGGCAUUUAGGAAACAUGAGCAAUCCCACCCCAGCCGUGGUUUGCUCGAGGAAGAAACGCCGGGCAGAGAAGAGGGAGAGAGGCUGGAAAGGAGUUGGGUGGGGAAGGGGGCACGGCACCAGGGCAGCGCUCCCACGAGUCCUGUCAGCCCCCUUGGUCCCGCUGAGGGGGAUCUCCACCAGGAUCACAGCUUGGGAACGGAGAUAAAAGCCAGCACAGUCGGUGCAGGUGUUCCCAGAGAAGGGAAUGGCAAGCUGUCCCUCAAUGGCCGUGAUUACACAGGUGAAUCUCCAGCCAGCCUGCUCUCACCAGCCAAAUAUUCCGACCUCAAGUGCUUGCAGAGCAGUGGGGCCGAGGGGGAAGAGGUCCCCAGUUUAGGCACUCAGCUCUCGAAUGAGAAGAAAUUCAGCUCCUCCCUACCUGCAGCACCAAGUCCAUUCAUCACAAAGAGUUGCCCUCCCGAGGCCAGCAGCAAUCGCAUCCAUCACACCGUGAGCCCAGCAGAGCAAGGGACAUGGGAAGAGGCACCCACCUUCCCUCCCCCGCUGCAUCGCUGCGGGGCUGUGCCGAUGGAAGCAGCUGAGGAACACCCUCAUCAUCUCCCUGGUGGUGUUUUGGGUAGCCAUGAAUCACCUGCAAGAGAGGGGACAGUGAGACCCUGCACUCUGCCGCAUGGUGAUGGUCUGGUGGGCUCUGCCUUGGAGAUGGGGGGUCCCCAGGAACCUCCUGGGAAAGACUGUUCUCUUCCCUGCUCACCACCUUUCCACCAAAAGGGUGUUGGGCAGGAGGUCCCCGAAAACCCCAGUGCUGUCCUGCCAAAUUUUAAAGAAAACCAAGGGCGUGCCAUCACAGACACAGUCGUUAACUCCACCCCUCCAGAAACCCAGGAUUAUCCAACCCAGCCCACAGAGGAUCUUCUGCCCGUGGAUGAAAGGGAGGUCAACCUGAACCAAGAGAACAAGCUUGAAAACUGCUCCCAUGUCAGGAAUAAGCAUCAAAGUGAACCAGAGGCUUUAUGCAAUGGUUUUGCUGUUCAGGACAUGUCCGCUGCCAUCAGCAGAGGCCUUACAAGGGUUGGAGAUCUUGGUCCUGCUGAAUUAAAUGGCCACGAGUUUCCAGGGGCAGCAGAGGUGGGACUUGUUCUUUCCAAAACCACAGAGAGUGAAGCAAAGAGUUUAAAAGGAGAGAAUUCCAAAAGCUAUGGGGCUGCAGAAGCUGGGGGUUGUGAGUUAAACAGCGUGGGCCAAGGAGAGGACUACACACCCAGCAGUACUCCAGACCCAUCCCAAAAUGAACUCCACAAAGGAAGAAAGCCCAAUGGACUCCCGGUGACCUGUGACAUCUGUUCAGCCACUUUCCGGUCCAAGCCCGGCCUGACCAGGCACAAAGCUGUCAAGCACCAGGUCAAGAAUGGUGGUUUGCCACAGCCCAGCAAGACUCCCAGGUCCCCUCUGAUUCCUGCACUCAAGACAUCAAAAGCAGCCCAAAAGGUGCCCAGGAGGAGCCUGAAGGCGUCAGUCAAAGACAAAACCCGCAGCUCGCAGGCGCUGCCCUCCACCGUUGAAUGCAUUCCCAAGAAAAUACUCCCAGCCCUGGAGAAAGAGCGCAGCACACAGAUGCAGGAGGUGGUGAGCAGAGUGCUCAGCGACCUCAGCGUGAUCUCCUUGGAGAUGUCCCAGGAGCUGCACCGCACUCACGUCCUGCAGAAGGAGGUGAAGGCAAAGGGAGCGCGCCCGGAGGCGAGGGGCUCGGGAGAGGCAGCGUCUGGGAAGCUGGAUUCAGGAUGGCAGGUCAGGAAAGGAGAAAAGGGCAGAAGGACACAAAGCAAAGAUCUUGGUGAGGAGAACAGCAGUUCUGAGAAGCAGCUCAACAGGAAAGUCAGGCGAAGGAAAGCGAAGGUGUUUCCCAGCAGGAAUGAGCCCGAUGGUCCCUGUGAGCUGGAGAAGAGCACAGGUCCUGCUGCCCUCAGCUCCAGCCUGCCCGGGAUCGUGGAGGGCUUGCACGAGCCAGAGGGUUGCAUCUCCACAGAGGAGCAAAACAGGACCAGCACAGCCCAGCACUCCCAAAAAGCCAAAGAGUCCUCUUGUGCAGCUGAGCUUGAGGAAGACCUGGGCAGCAGGAUGGGGUCUCUAGAGGAGAUGGUCAGCAAGGAGACAGCCACGGCCACGGUCACCUGUCCUGGGGAAGUGGAAGAUCCAGAUGCAGUGGAAGACACGCAGGCUUGCAAAAAAUGGAUCAGCGGGUUUGUGGAGCAAGUGGCGAAGGGAUGGGGCACAGAGCAGCAUCGUGGUGCUGAUGGCACAGAGGACAUGGAUGCUGGGACAGGGGACAGUCCUGUGGCAGGCAGUGACGCCAGGAACUGGAGUGGUGCCCUGCAGGGUCCCGCAGCUCCGGCCGAAGGGGCUUUGCUGCUGGAGAACCAUGAUUUGGGAACCACCCAGAACGUUUCUGGCCGUGGUGCUCUGCAGACCACGCCGGGGACCAGCCCUCCUCCUGCAGAGCCAAAGCGGUGGGUGAAGGCAGAUGUGCCGCCAGGCAGGGAGCACUGCGGGGACAGCACGGCCACCUCAGACCUCCAGGGCUUUUUCGACGAUGAUUCCACCUUCUCCCAGCUGUUCCCCAGGGAUGACCAGUGUGUCAGGAGGAAGUGCACGCGGGUGUAUGGGAAGCGCAGCAAGAAGCCCAAACCUGUCCCCGAGGUCAGCCUGCAGCCAGCGGGGGCCAUCGACCUCUUCACCAUCCGCCUGGCUUCUGACCUCAGCGACACCAGCUCCUUCUGCGUCACCAGGGAGGACCCUUGCGAGUACGAGACCAUCUCCGUUGACGAUGCCCUGAUGCUGAACAUGUGUCACGGCAGCAAGGCAAAGAGCGGAGAUGCUGAUCCCGAUGGAUCUAAAAGCAUUGAGCUGAGGUUGGACCAGGAGGUGACCGACCAAGGGAAGGAGGACAUUGACCUGGAGGACAACAUGCUGACCUUCUUGUGCCAAAACAGCCACGUGGACAACGUCCCCAGCUUGAACAUCUGGGGCAGUCUGGAGAAGGAGGGGGAAAGCCUCUCUGCUGAGGAUAUGUUUGAGCCUCUGAUGGACCUUGAGGAUGAGCACUCGCUCCAGGAAGUGAACUCCGAGCCCCCCGACCUGGCAGAGGAGUCCUACAAUGCCAAAGAUAACGGGGAUUCGGACUCCCCUGAAUUUCACACCAUUGACAUUGAGAUGCUUAAUGCAAAGCUGAAAAUGAGAGACAUGUGCUUCUUCAGCCCUUGCGAGGAUCUUCCUGGCCAGGGCGAGGACAGCGCUGCGAGUUUGAAGCCAAAGUCGGGCAAGCACAGGAGCAAGCUGGAAGAUGGGAAAUCAGGGAAAAACCGCGGGGACAUAACCAUCAAAACCAAAGACAAGCAGUACAAAUGCAAAGUCUGCUUCCAGUGGUUCCUGACGCUGGGGGAGCUGGACUUCCACAAGCUCUCCCACAACCCUUCCCCUCCUCCCACCUGCUACAUGUGCGUCCAGCGCAAAUUCAGCUCCCGGGAGCAGCUCCGGGACCACCUGAAGGAGAAGCACGCCAGGAACAAAGCUGGGCUGUGGGCGUGCGGGAUGUGCCUGAAGGAGAUCUCCGACGUCUGGAUGUACAACGAGCACCUGCGGGAGCACGCCACGCAGUUCGCGCGCAAGGGGCAGGCGCAGAAGUCGGUGAUGGGCCUGCCGGGCUGCUUCGGCGAGGACAACGCCGCCGUCACCCACUUCCUCAACACCAUCAUGUGUCGGAAACCCAGCAGGUCCUCCCGGCACGGCGACCCCGGCGGCCGGCACGGGGUCGGCAGAGAGAGCAAGAGCCCCAAGGAGCUGCCCCUUGAGCAGGAGAAGGUGAUGAAAGACCCCUUGGAAAGCAGUGUCAAAGUGAAGCCACCCGCACCCAGCUCGUUCAAAGCAUCCUCCAGCCCGUCUCCAGAGCACACGGCGAAAAGUGACAACACCCCAAAAUCUGUGCCCAUGCACCCAGACUGCAAGGAUCCUUCCCGGGACUGCCAUCAUUGUGGCAAACAGUUCCCCAAACCCUUCAAGCUCCAGCGGCACUUGGUCGUGCACAGCUUGCAGAAGAUUUACUUGUGCCACAAGUGCCCCAUGUUCUACCAGGAGACCAAGGAGCUCCGGAGCCACCUGAGCCAGGAGCAUGGCGUGGUGGAGGAGCAGGAGAUCAAGCACACCACCCUGUACGCCUGCGAGCUCUGCGCCGACGUCAUGCACGUCAUCAAGAAGUCCUUCAUCUGCAGCAUGUGCAACUACACCUUCUCCAAGAAGGAGCAGUACGACCGGCACAUGGAGAAGCACCUGGCGGGCAGCAACAAGACUUUCAAAUUCCGCGGGGUCAUGAGGCCUGGUGCUGCCUGCAGGGAGGGCAGGGAGAAGGUGAAGGAGGACGGAUCUCUCCGGGAGGGAAUGCCACCGAGCAAGAAGCAGAAGGUGGCUCACCAUGGCAGCUCAAUCCCACACAGGUCACCAGUCCACCUAGACCCCGCAAGUGACCUGCAGCUGGUAGAGGCUGGAAGCCCCAGCCUGCCGGUUCCCACUGACUCCUUCCCAACAGCACCUGGUGACCUGGGAGCACCCCAGCCCUCCGUGAAAGCAGAAGUCCUGGUGGGUGACUUCUCGGAGCUCCUGGCAGAGAUGGAGAAGUCCCCAUUUGACCCCUUGCCACCACCGCCCUGCCUGUCCCCAUCUCUGCCACCAGCUGCUGUGGGCAGCCCCGAGCUCGGCCACAUCACUGGCCUGUCCAUCGAGGAGCUAGAGAAAGGAGCCUUUGAUGGGAAACCACUUCCUUUCUUGGACUCGCCUGAGUUUCCCAUGGACCUUGCUGGCUUGGCUUGUCACCAGGCCACCAACCAAAAACUGUCCCCUCCCCUCCUGACCCAGAAACAUGGCUGUGCCGAUGCCCAUAAAACAACAAGCACAGGCAGCAAAGAUGAAUACAGGGCCUGUAUCCUGGAAAAUCCCAGUGCAGACACCAACGCCGUGGAAGGGAUCCCUUUCCUCCAGCUUGCCAAGAAGGUCUCAGAGCUUCCCUCCCCUAAGGCAGAGUCUCCACGAGCCACGGACACCCACAAAUGGGGCAGCCCCAGUGCCAGUGAUGCCUCUGCCUGGGAAGGUGCAGCUAAGCUGGUGUCUCCGGAAGGUGCCCACCAGCCCCUGCCCCCAAAGGACAGGACAGCAUCGCCCACACUCAACAGAGCUUCCAAAGAUGCGGUGCCACCAAAGAAGACCUUGGGUAGCGAGGCUGCUCCCGGUGCGGGCAGCCCCGAGGAGGGUCAGCAGCCCAUCUCAGGGAAGGAGAAAUCCGUGCCUGAGGCUAAGGACGGUAGCACUAUCAGCAAGGACCAAAGCGACAACCCAGGCAAAUCCAGCGGCCACCAGCCCAGAGAUGAGGUGGCCAGCAACACCACGAGACACGGCCACGCAGAGCCAGGCAGAGCCACCGGCAAGCUUCACCCCAAGAGGAGGAAAGAGCACAAGUCCUUGAGCCACCGGAGCAGCUCCGGCUCCCGGGAGAACAUGGAAGGAGACGGGAAGAAGAAGAAAGCCCGGCCACCGUGCCCAGCCAGGAGCGAGAGCACCGCUGAGCUCAAACGUGGCAGCUGGAGCAACGCCGAGGCUCCCGCCCUGUCCCCCGGGAGCAGGGACACGCACUGCAGCAAGCUGGCAGCCAAGCCCAGAACGGGCCCCCAGCUGAAGAAGAUGGUCCUGGACCCUUACAACCCGAAGAAAGGCGAGCUCCGCCACGCCAACGGGGACGUGAAGCGCAGGAAAGCCAUCCUGGGCAAGAGCCUCCACCAAGUGUUGGCCAAGGGGCCAGCGCCAUCCCCGCGUGGCUCCUGGCACGGCCCCCGCGCCGCCCGCGGGGCCAAGGCGGCCGGCCCGGCCAGCUACCGCAGCGCCGAGUCCCAGAACAACCUGCUCAGCCAACUCUUUGGGCAAAAAUUAACCAGCUUUAAAAUUCCUUUAAGAAGAGAUACUUCAGAAUAAUUUAUGGAAGUGACUUAUGGUGAUCCUCAGCUGCUUUCAUGGGGUUUGCAAGGGAAAAAUUAUCAAAGCAUUAAAUUCGUUUGUGUAGCAUGAUUUCUCUGUCUAGCUUAAAUGAACUUGCACUGCAGCCUCUGUGAAAUAGUUUGCUUUGUGUCUACUAAUCUACUUUAAUUCACCUGAUUUAUCAUGCAAAUGCUAGAACUUUGAUGUUGCUGAUGAUUUUCAUGAACUGAAAUUGUAAUCGCUUUGGGCAGACUGAAUCGUCGAGAGCAAUUGCUUUAUUGCAGAAGUGCUGAGGUUAUAAGGAUACUUGCAAAUCUCAGACCCUUUUGAGUCUGUGUCUGUGUUAUCUUUGUACAAAGUACUUGAAGAGAUGAACUUCAUUCCGUAGACGUCUUAUUCAUAAGGUGCAGUACACUGUAGAAAGCAAAUUUUUUUUUUUUUUUUUUUUGUGGAAGAUUUUGCACAAAUAAUCCCGUACAAUUCAUUUAAUUGGGAGCUGGCCUGAGCGAUGAUACAAUUUAAAAAAUUAAAUUAAGACCCAAGUGCCCUAUAUUUUGACAGCCAUCCCUAAGAAUUUUGUUUCUACAUCGUCAAGAGAAGAACGACCCAGCUCUGGGGUUCUGGGGCUGUCGGAGCCCUCCAGAGGAUGCUGCCACUCUUUGACCACUGUAGACGAUGGGACUGGAGGAGAAGCGACCCCGCGAGCAAACUGCACCUUGACACUUGUGACAAACUCUGAUUUUUUUAGGGUUUUUUGGGGUUUUUUUUGUGUGUGUGCGUGUGAGCGCGUGUGUGUUUUUUCUUUUUGUUUGUGGGGUUUUGGGGUUUUUUUUGUGCAACGAGAAAACUGUGCCAAUUUACCGCAGCAAAAACCGGUACUGUCCGAGUGCCCUCAACGGUAUCACUUCUAAACUCUCUUACUGUAUUGACGUAGUGGCUCUAUAGGUAUCCGCUUGUACUAUGCAGUUACUGGUGCUAUUCUUCAUUUGUAAUGUGAAUACAGACUUCCUUGAUUGAAAAAAAAGUGGGGAAUUGGUAGGGAGAAGCGAUUAUCUGUCAAAAAAAUGGAGCAGGAAAAGAGAAAUUAAAAAAAAAUUUUAAAAAGCCAAUUCAAGGGGAAAAACGUUCAGCUUUAGGGAGGAAAAUUAGCUUUAGGGGAGAAAUCUGACUUGGGGGGGAAAAAUGCAACUUAGGGAAAAAUGCAACUUUAGGGAAGAAAACACAAGUUUAGGGAAAAAGCUCCUCUAUGCUGGUACUCCAUAGUGUCAAAAAUGUUACGUCGCAUUAAAUGAGCACGUUCUACAACAGAACUUUUGGAUCCAGAAAGAAAUCUCAGGUGCAAAUGAGGACAUGGAAAGAUUUUAUUGAAAUACUCCCAAGUCAAGGAGGUGAAGUAAUGCACUGAUGUGAUAUGAACAGUCAGAGUACUUUGCGUCUGUCCUGCAAUGAUUUUUUUUGUUUUGUUUUAGAGUUAAAAGGAAAAAAAAAAGAGGCUUUAUUCUGUUAAUAUGUAUCUUUACAAUUCUUUGUAUUGUAUAAAAAACUAUUGUAGGUAAUUUACCUUGGGUGCAAUGUGUUCUGUUUAAAGUUUUUAUUUUGAUAUUUUGUCCAGAGAAGCAGAGAGAGAGCAGGAAACGCCGUUUUAUGAUGUUGUCCGUGUGCUUUUAAAGUGCCUCUUUAAUAUUGUUAAAUAAAGUAUGAGAUAAAAAAUAUGGGGUGGUACUGUAAGGUCAUCCAUGAUUAAUCCUUUCAAAUAUAUUCCAAUAUUUUCACAGAAAAUUCCCUGUCUGCGUGAUGUUUGGGGGAUGUUUGAGGCGUCCUCUGUAAAGGGGCUGAGCAGGACCUUGGUGCCACUGCUGUCACCUCAACGGUUUGCAAAGUGUUGGAGCUUCUCAACAGGGAAGAUGCUCCUGCAGCUCCUCUUCCUCACAGAUCUUGUCCGAGUGCUGCUCGUGGCAGGAGAGUUGUCCCUGAGGGGAAAAUCCCAAGGUGAUGGUGAUGGUGGUGGGUGGUGGCCUGGUUCGGUGGUCCUCAGCCAGUGAUGGUGAUGGCACAGUUAGGUCACCAUCGAAUUGGCCAUUGUCACAGCCCAAUUUGGUCAUUACCAACUGGCAGUGGCAACAGCCUGGUCUGUCAUCAUCAGCUGGUGAUGGUGGUGGCCCAGUUUGGUCAUCAUCACUUGGUGAUGGUGAUGGGGUUACCGAGUUUGGUC